AUGGGGAGAACGCCGCCGGCGAUGGUAGCCGUGGAAUUCGCUGCCACGCGGGAGCUCGAGCAGACUACCACGUCGCGAGAGGGGGACGCGGGGCGCCUAGCCGGGGCUCGGGUGGCUACGACCACCCCUCUCCUCUCCGCCCCACUGCACCACUCCUCCGCCCGGCAGGCAGCAGCAGGAGGAGCGGGGGCCCGGUACAGCUACGUGGUGGUGGGGGGCGGCAGCGCAGGCUGCGUGAUAGCCGGGCGCCUCUCCGAGGACCCGGGGGCCAGCGUGCUGCUGCUCGAGGCCGGGCCCCGGGACACGGUGCUGGGCAGCAAGAGGCUCGCGUGGAAAAUCCACAUGCCCCUGGCACUCGCCUAUAACCUGUGCGAUGAUAGGUACAACUGGUGCUACCACACGGAGCCCCAGGAGCACAUGGGAGGCCGCGCCCUCUACUGGCCACGUGGCAGAGUGCUGGGGGGCUCCUCGUCCCUCAAUGCCAUGGUCUACAUUCGCGGCCACGCGCUCGACUACGACGCGUGGGAGCACGACCACGGCGCGCGGGGCUGGUCGUACGCGCACUGCUUGCCUUACUUCCGCAGAGCGCAGAGCCACGCUCUGGGCGCGAACCCAUACAGGGGGGGCGACGGCCCCCUGCACGUGUCGCGCGCCGCCCCCGGGAACCCCCUGCAUGAGGCCUUCCUAGAGGCGGCGGCGCAGGCUGGGCAUCACAUCACUGAGGACAUGAACGGGUACCGGCAGGAGGGCUUUGGCUGGAUGGAUCGCACCAUCCACCAAGGCAAGCGCUGGAGCACGGCGUGUGCCUACCUGCACCCGGCGCUCUCCCGGCCCAACCUGGAGGUGCGGCACCGCGCCACCGCCACUCGUGUGCUCUUCGAGGGCGACCGUGCCGUGGGCGUGGAGCUGCUGCGAGCGGGGGUCACAGAGCGGGUGUACGCGGAGCGGGAGGUGAUUCUGUGCGGAGGAGCCAUCAACUCGCCCCAGCUGCUGCUGCUGUCCGGCAUCGGACCCGAGAAGGAGCUCAAGAAGCUCGGCAUCCCGGUGCUCGUCAACAGUCCAGGCGUGGGCAUGAACCUGCAGGACCACCUGGAGGUGUACGUGCAGCAACGUUGCCUGCAGCCCGUGACCCUCUACGGCCUCCUGCGGCCAGACCGCACGCUCAGUGCGGGCCUCCAGUGGCUGCUGCGCUUCACAGGCCCCUGUGCCACGGCCCACAUGGACACGGGGGGGUUCGCUCGCUCGGAGCCCUCGGUGGCUCACCCUGACGUCCAGUUCCACUUCCUGCCCGCCCAGGUGAUCGACCACGGCCGCGUCGACCCAACCAUGGAGGCCUUCCAGGCCCAUGUGGGGUCGUUGAGACCAACGAGUGUGGGCUGGCUCAAGCUGCGAUCUGCCAACCCCACGGAUCCCCCCGUGAUCCAGCCCAACUACCUGAGCACAGAGCGCGACGUGUGGGAGCUGCGCCGCUGCGUGGAACUGGCGCGUGACAUCUUCUCGCGGCCCGCCCUGGGCCCCUUCCGGGGUGUCGAGGUGUCGCCGGGUCCUGACGUCACCUCGGCGGUGCAGCUCGACGCGUGGGUGCGCCGGCACGCCGAGACCGCCUACCACCCAUGUGGCACGUGCCGCAUGGGCGAUGCAGCCGACGCCGUGGUGGAUGAGCAGGCGAGGGUGCGCGGGGUGGGCGGCCUGCGCGUGGUCGACGCCUCGGUGUUCCCGCGCCUGCCCAGCGGCAACACCAACGCGCCCGUGGUAAUGGUGGCCGAGAGGGUGGCCGACCUGGUGAGGGGUCGCGAGCUGCUGCCGCCCAGUGACGCAACCGUCUACUCGGCGUGAGCUGGUGGAGGUGGUGGUGGGGGAGUGGUCAUGCAGCAUUUAGCGCGCUGCACUAAAAACACGGUUAUCUAAGUUCGUUUCACACUCAUGGCUAACACCAGUGACGAUUAUUUGAACUGGUCCUCGGCCUCUCCUAAGUCGACUCAACAUCAAUUUAGUACCUGGUGCAGUCUGUAAACAUCGCCACUAAGAA